UGACGAACGGUCGACGAGGGAAUACAAGAUAAUACGGUUUCGUCUGAUGCGUGUUUGAAUACAUUCAAGGUUCAGUUAACUUAUUUCACUAAUUUGUUCCUUUUCUCUAUUAUUUUUAUGAAUUGUUCCAUAUUAAAAUUGUGAGAGUGACUUUGGUUGCGUGAACGCCUUAAUGAUUCGGGAAGAACAGGAGGGACAGAUUUACCAAACUUAAAAGCAGAAUAAUGGCAAAAAAAGAAACGGAUUUUUAUCCCAGGUGGAUACAGUUGCUUAGAGCGGGUAACUUCCAAACCGUGAACAAAGAAGUUGAGGCAAAGAAAAUUGAUGGAAGGCAAGCUCUUGGAUGCAUUGUGGCUCUGUCUCAAUUUUAUUAUGAUGCUACGAAAGGCACUAAUAAAAUCACUUCAACAAAUGAUGCUGUAUAUUUGACAAAGAGAUUUUCCACCAACUUCGAACCAGACAAAAGCAACACAUACAGAUAUCUAACAAGUUUAUAUCACAUCAUAAAUUUUUUGUGUGAAAAGAAUGAUAUGGAUCAAAUGGCCAAACUACUUGAUAUUGUCGUGGAAUUCAAAAACGACAAACUGAAGCUGUACGAGACUGAGGGGAAGCCCCUUCACGAUCAUUUCAUCAACAUCUUUGUCAAGGCUCUAAAGAAACUCGUGUGUAAAGACAGUUCAGCAGAGAACCUAGCCGUAAUUUUAUCACUGUUGGCGAUAAUGUGGAAAUUGUUGGUAGUAAAGAAGACGGUCAGGAAUGGAACAGUGUACCUGAGUACAAUCCGACAAGGCGCUCAGGUCCUGGGCAAACAGAACCAGAAGGCUGCUGUUCGUCUUAUUUCAGCUGGACUGAAACCUCUCUACGAUAUAGAGACCGUGGAAGAUUUAGAGACGUGUCUGCCACAACUAUUUAAAGUGUACUCUAAUCUGUACAACCUCCAGUUUAAAAUAAGCGGACAUCACUCGGCUCUCUUGGCUGUAAGGUCACACUUGGACUUGGUGAAGUGGAAGUGCAGCCAACAGAAGGUUCACGCGGAGUGUUUCAUGAUUUUGUGCAACGCAACUAAACUUUUCAUGUGGGACUAUGAAGAACCCGCAUUCACGAAGAAGGUUCAGGACAACAUAGACGUACUCACCUCCUUCCAGGGGCUGUCGAAGAAUGAUAGUGUGAACGCUGCAUGCUCGCUGAUGGAGCUGAUGUUGAUGAACAUGCACAGAUCUCCGAGAAAGGAAUCCUCAGUGCUGUCCAAGGGCAGUUUGAAACCGUUCUUGCAGAUGUUGUUGCUCUUGUACGGUGUUUUCGACGAUUCAGGGGGAGGCAGAACGGAUCACAUGAAGUGUCUAACGGACAUUUUCCGGUUUGUGAUUAACAUGGAAGAGACUCAACGUGAUAGGGAUGAGUUGAAACAGUGUGUGGACGUUUUGGUUCAGGCGAGAAUUCAACUGAUCACAGCUGUCAAAAGUAUGAUAUCAACAGAUCAGCAGACAGCUGAGCAAAAGAUCGUACCGCCUAUAUUGAAUUGCUUUGCAAUUCUAAUUCAAGUUUACAAAGCACAAAAUCUUCCUGAAGAAAUCAUAAUUUUGGGAAAGCCGCUUUGCAGAUUUAUAUGCACCUUGUCUUUGGAAGUGCUUAAGGACCCUGGAAAUCAGCGUGCUGUGGAGGUGAUGUUCACGCUUCUGGUGAGCGCUUUGGGAACAGAGAGAUUGGACGAUGCCCUAGAAGCCUUGGUGGCUUGGCUGCUCAGGUGUCCUCAAGACUCGAAGAAAGUCUUCAAGCUGUGGGGCAACAUCAAGCACAACGCUGUGUGUGAUGGCAAGUUGGAACAUUUGAAAGUCACCGUGGACUCGAUAGUCAAUAAGCCUAUAUUUGAGCAGAAUUGGUUCAAGUGUCAACUAAACAGCAAUGAGAUUGGGGAACUGGUUGUGGAAGAAUUGAAAGCCUAUUUUAAAAAUACAAGUCUGCGAGGUGAGCCUGUUGUUGCAGCAGCUGAUGCCCUGCUGCAUCUCAGUACCAAGUGUAUCACUCAGGUUGAGGGUAUUGUCAUUGCCAUGGAUGUAGCCAGUACGACUGAGAACUUUGCAGACCAGUGUUCCCAAUACUACUCUCAUAGCAAGUCUUUCAUGACUUUACUCCGCAAAGAGAAAAAGCGGAUUGACCCUGUUCAGUUUAACUUUUGUAUGGGCAAUUUACUUUACGUCCAGUUGCUUUGUGAAAUAAGACAGUUGCGUAAGGAAUGCGAGAGUGAGAUGAUGAGGCUGUCGAUAAGUCCGGCCGAGCCCCUGGUCGCUGAGCUGCCCGAGAGUCGACCAGACCCUAAUGACAUAUGCGACGUCGCCACCAAAUAUAGCAGCCUGUGUCUGGCGGAGCAGCGGAAACUACUAGACAAAAUAGACACGGCCAUGAGACACUGGACAUUUGCUUCCUCUAUUUUGAAAGAGCAGGAGAAUAAAGACUACAACUUGAGUGUGACCUUGAGCAUGGUGCAAGGUGCGGGCCUCCUUCUGCGCCUGUACUGUGACAAAGUGAAACAGGAGAGAAUCUGGAAGCUGCUUUUCGAUCUGGCAACCCUGGAGGAAGAUGUCAACAUGAUUGUCACUGCUGUUGGAGAAAUGUUGAAUGUGGCAGAGGAUAUCGCUUGGGAUAUGAUUGACAACACACAGAAAUAUCUACAGCAACCGGAAUUGUCGUACAAAGUCGCUCAUUCGUUCCGGUUGAAUCUUGCGCUAUACUACAUGACACAUGAUAAGGUGCCAGACGGAUUGAAGCUCUUGCGAGACACAGAGUCUGAGGAGAAGAUACACUCUACGCUUUACACACAUUUCCUCCUCAGUGUUGGACAGUACCAGCAGCGGUUUGAUCUGAAAACAUAUGAUCACGAGUUGCGCUGUACUCCUUCGUACCAUCUCAGCUUCCACAAAGCUUUGUGUCAUCUACUGUUUUUGGCCGAAGCAAAGAAAUGGGUCAGCCUGGCUGAAGCGUGUCAGAUACACUCGCAGAUGCUGGUGGUGUCACAAUUGUUGGGGGAGACCUACUGGGCUCUGGAACAACCUCGUGAGGCCCGUUGCUACCUCAAGACUGUUCUGGGACUUGCUCAAAAACUGGCUUUGCCCCUCAGGACAGUCCAGCUGCUGCUGCUGCUGGCCUGGAUUGACCUGUCUACAGGGAAUGUGGACGACUGUGCCGUGAAGUUGGAAGGGUUGGAGGAUCUGCUGGAGCUAUGUGGAACCCCUGUUGUGUACCAAGGGGCCCCCGGGUCGCCCCGCUCCGCCACUAGUCGGGCGGUCCUCUCCCCCCCUGAGUACUUAGACCACCGCUCUGCCUGCUCCUGUCUCCCCUGCACCACUGAGGAGUACCGAAGACUUGUACUGGAGACCAUUACGCUAAGAGGCACGUUCUGCGCUAACUUCGGCCAGGUUGAAGAUAGCCUGCAGUGUUUCAAAAUUGCAGUCCGUGUUGUGGAGGAUCUCAGCAGAUCUCGUAACGAAGAAGUGUUGAGGUCCUGUGCCCGCAUGUGGAUGCGAUAUGCGGAUGUUUUGGCAUCCACAAAGAAAUAUGAAGGCGCAACAGAAGCGAACGAGAAGGCACUGAAUCUGAUGUCAAUCAUCAAAGAUCCAUUCAUUUCCCAACAUAUCAUUGAACAGAAGAUUUCCGUGCAGGCCUGCCAGCGGCAGUUGCAGCUUCAACCGAUAGGUGUGAAAAUUUCUACCACAAUCAUGAGCAGUAAUACUCCUCUAAAAUCGCAAAUCCCUCAAUUAAUGAAGACUCCGAAGAACUUUCUUCUUACCGGGAAGUCUCCCUUGGCCGUUGUGAACGACAACACAGCUCCAAUAACACCUUUCACAAGGCCCGUCAGACCCUUCAGGCUGCCUUCUAGUGGUGACGAGAACACUCCACCAGUCAGUGUUGCCAAAUCAAAACGAAAAGUGAAGCAACUGCCUAAAUUUGUCAAGGAAACGCCUCAACCUGUUCAUCAGUUAAAUAAGACAAGAUCCUCAAGGACUCCCUUUGUCAUAGUCGAUGACGAUGGGAAUGCAGUUGGUGUUUCUGGGAAAAAGACUGUCUCCAAAACCUCCCAAAAGAUACUAGCAAAAGCGACGGACAAAUCCGUUGAAGCUCCAAAGAAAAGAUUGUUCAAUACGAAUGCAGAGUCUUCAAAUUUAAAAUCGGUAUUAGCAGUUCCAAUAAAUAGCGAAGAAGAUAUUGUUAGAAAAAGCAAUCGUAAAGUUGGGCUGAAAACAUAUGGAAGAUCUAAACUGCCUCGUUCUAAGGUAGAUUCCAAACUUGUCAACUCCAGUGAUAGUAGUAAACUUGCGCGCAAUAAGGAUGGGAAUGGUAGUGUAUUUGAUUUUAAUGGGAUGAAAAAUGCUAUUGACCAUUUAGAAAAUUCUUUUGAUAGUGAUAUCAUUGAAGGAACUCCUCCAAAUAAUGUAACCUACCUAAAGUAAUACUCUGGCCAACUCGUACAAAGUUUUGUGAUCUGGCUCUAUCUUCAUAGGCAGAAAUCAGGAGAACUAGGAUUGGACAGCUGCCAAUUCUACAAAAUUAGACAUCAAAGAUGGACGACUGUGAUAUCAUUGAAGGUACAACCCCAAAAUUUCUGGAGAGGGCUACAACAUACAUAAAACUUUACAAGACAAUACAAUUAUCUCUUUGUGAAAUUCACUCUCAGGAUUUAAAUAAAAAAACAUUAUAAUUUUUUUUCUACAAAAAUUGUUUGGUUCCAAAUACAACUGUCCAAAAAUAAUAAAUUUAUUCUUAAAUCUUAUUUUGGUGAAUUUUAUAUUCUAACUUUUAUAACAAAUAUUCUUAGAAUAUGUUAUUUUUAUAUUGACUGAGUUGAUUCUAUUACGAGUUACUUUACAGGCGAAACGGGUCAUUAAACACAUUAAAAUAAAAAAUGUAUUAUUAUUAAAUACAAUACGUUAAAACUUACAGUACUUAUAAAAGUACAAAUUGGCCUAUUUAUUCAAGUCUCCUUUAGAACUUGACAGAUACAAAUCCUGAAAGUGAAUUUCACAAAGAGAUAACUGUGUGUUUUGUAAAGUUGUAUGUAUGUUUGUUGUAGUCCUUUCGGGAAGUUUUGUAGGUGUACAUUCUAGGAUAUUAUAACAGUCGACAUUUUUAAUGUCCACUUUUUUAGAGUUCAUAGCUGUCCAAUUCCUAGUUCUUCAAACUCAAGUAAAGUUAUUCAACUGUCAGUAUAAAAAUAACGUAUUCGUACAUUAUUUGUUAUAAAUAAAAGUUUGAAUAUAAAAUUCAACAGAAUAAGAUUUUCAAAUUUAUUUUAGGACUGUUUUAUUUGAAAACAAAAAAAUAUUUGUAGAAAAAAUAUAUUGUAUUGUAUUUUUUAAUAGGUCUUGAGAGUGAAUUUUACAAAUAGAUAACUGUAUGUCUUUUAAAGUUGUAUGUAUAUUGUAGUCCUGUUGAGAGAACUAUACAUAGUCUAAAUCUGAAACGGACCUUGCCUUUAUAAAACUUGAGAUUGUGUAAAUAGGCUGAUUUAUGCCUUUAUAUGUAUUGUAAAGUUUAUUGUAUUGUAUGGUUUGUAUUGUAUUUUAUAAUAAUACAUUUUUUGUAUUAAUAUGUGUAAUGAUCUGUUUUGCCGGUAAAGUUAUUAAACUUUUAGUAUAAAUAUAACAUUCUGAAAAAAUA